AUGACCGGCAGAGGCAAAGGUGGAAAGGGUCUCGGCAAGGGCGGUGCCAAGCGCCACAGGAAAAUUCUACGAGAUAAUAUCCAGGGAAUCACAAAGCCAGCCAUUCGUCGUCUCGCACGUCGUGGUGGUGUCAAGCGUAUCUCUGCAAUGAUUUAUGAGGAAACUCGUGGUGUCUUGAAGACUUUCCUUGAAGGUGUCAUUCGUGACGCUGUCACAUACACAGAACACGCUAAGAGGAAGACAGUCACAUCGCUCGACGUCGUUUACGCCCUGAAGAGACAAGGAAGAACUCUCUACGGUUUCGGUGGUUAA